UUUCCAUGUGCUUUUGAUUAGUUUAUGGCUCCCACCCCCUUUAUUUUUUUUUGGUGACAAGGGAAUUCAUCCCCCACCCUUUAUCAAGAUAUAUUUCACAAUUAUCUCUGUUUUCUUUGUUGAACACACGCACGCACUCAAUCCUCUCCCAUGAUUCCGUCUCUAGAUCGACACUGUUAAAAAUCUGUUUCCGUAAAAGAUUUAAAUAAACUCAAAUUCCCCAUCUCUCCAUUUAUUUUAUUAAUAUUUAAAACUCUAAUGAUUCUUAUCUAUAGUUUUAAUGCAAAACUAGAGAGAGAGAGCGAGAGAGAGCCUUUGAUGACGAGUAGAGUUGAUAUUCUUCACCUUCUCCUGUCCCCAUGAAAUUUCAAGAGACUUCUUUGGACUUCCAACCUUUCUUUCUUUCUUUCUUUGCUUUGUUUCCUGUUUGGUAUCUCUCUCUAUCUAUUUCCCUCUCUUUUGCUACAGUACACUACACGUGGGGUUCAUUUCUUUUGCCUCCUUUUGGACAUCUAACCCAUUAAACUUGUGAAAGUUUGAUUGUUGAGGAGUGGUUUUAUCAAUUACACAAUACAAGAAAAAUACACCAAGAUCAGAGCAUGUCUUGUGUAGCUUCUUCUUUCUCUGUUUCAUAUUGUCUAGCUUAUCCAUUUACUCUGUCUGUGGUGAAUUGGCAUUGAAAAAGCUGUCCUUUUUUCGAGUUUGUGAUGUAUGGUUUUUCUUUUUUCUUUUUUUACUUUUUACUAAAAGGGCAAAACUUUAUGAAGAUUACAUGCUGGAUAUAGAUGUUUGAGCUCUUUCCUAUUUUAGAAUUAUGGAACCUGGGAGUAUGUUUUACUCUGCUGAUGAGUUCAAAUUGGAUGCUAAAUGGUUGAUUGAUCCAAAGCAUCUCUUUGUUGGUCCAAGAAUUGGAGAAGGAGCUCAUGCCAAAGUAUACGAGGGAAAGUAUAAGAACCAGAAUGUUGCAAUUAAAAUGCUUCAUAAGGGAGAAACUCCUGAGGAGAUAACCAAGAGGGAAGGACGGUUUGUAAGGGAGGUUGCAAUGUUGUCUAGAGUUCAGCAUAAAAACCUAGUGAAGUUUAUUGGUGCCUGCAAGGAGCCUGUAAUGGUGAUAGUUACUGAGCUUUUGUUGGGGGGGACUCUACGGAAGUAUUUGCUGAACAUGCGGCCAAGGUGUUUAGAUAUGUGUGCUGCUAUUGGUUUUGCACUUGAUAUUGCCCAUGCUAUGGAACGCUUGCAUGCUCAUGGGAUCAUACACCGUGAUCUGAAACCUGAAAACUUGCUUUUGACAGCAGACCAUAAAACAGUUAAACUAGCGGAUUUGGGCUUAGCACGAGAGGAGUCAUUAACAGAGAUGAUGACUGCUGAAACAGGAACAUACCGCUGGAUGGCUCCAGAGUUGUACAGUACUGUCACAUUAAGGCGGGGAGAAAAGAAGCAUUACAACCAUAAAGUGGAUGCCUACAGCUUUGCAAUAGUGCUGUGGGAACUCUUGCACAACAAAAUGCCAUUUGAAGGCAUGUCAAAUCUCCAGGCAGCAUAUGCGGCUGCUUUCAAGAAUGUGAGGCCUAGUGCUGAAAACCUGCCGAAGGAAUUGGCCAACAUUCUAACAUCAUGUUGGGAGGAAGAACCAAAUGCUCGUCCUAAUUUCAGUCAAAUAAUCCAGAUGCUCCUAAAUUAUCUUUCUAGUAUUUGUCCAGCUGAACCAGUUAUUCCUCCUCGAAUUUUUGCUUCAGAGAACACCAUAUUGCCACCGGAAUCUCCAGGUACAAGCUCCCUGAUGGGAGUGCUUGAUGGCUCUGGGGAAACCCACAAACCAAAUAUGGAAAAAAAGCGGAGAAGUUGCUUCUUCUGCUUUGAUCAGUGCUUUUAA